GGUCGCCUUUCGUCCAUGGCAAAAACGUCCGGGGUCCUGGAUGUUGGUCCCUAUUCGAUCUCCUAUUUCCCAAUCUAACAUUUACUGCACAUGCUUUGCGUCGUACAUGGGUGUGGACUUCAUCUCUGUUCCUUUGCCCCAAGUGUACUUCCGCUGACUACUUGGACUUUAAAAAUGCGUCAUGACGAGUCCCAAUCUCUAUCGCCCUCUCUCCUGCCAGUGCUGCACUCAGCGCCUCAGUCUCAAUGUCUUCAAUCAUCUUUCCAUCGAGAGGAAAGUGCAUCCAAGUCAUUGACAGCAACCAGCACUGCCAGUGUCUAUGGUUCUUACCUCCAGAGUCGCCCCUGCUAGACCAGAACAACUGUGGUCUGUGUGGACACGGUGUUCACGCGCACGUCGACUACGUUUCAAUGGUUGUGCAUCACUGCCCUGCGAUGAAUUGUGGUGCAUACUUUCCUAAGACGGCCCGGGUACAAGCAUGCACAUGCUCGGCAUCUCUCAUCGAUCAUAUACCUGUUGUGAAUGUGUAUCGUUCGCCUACGCCUCUUCCCUACGGGGCGGAUAUAUCCGUCCAUGAUAAUGGCCCCCCUUCCAAUGUCAACACAUUCACCGGUGACACGACGAACAUCCCACUCACUCCGAUGCCGAUGCCCUCUCCCUCCACUAAUGCUAAUCCAUCCUACCCUUACGGCAACACAAUGAUCUUCUCACCUACCCCGCUGCCUGUUACUCAAACGACUAUCACUCAGUUUGACGCUCAUUCGAACUCGGAAGUGGGGGGCUCUUACGGCGCUCAGUACCGGGGCAGUACCUCCAGCGUUAACGUGCAGGACCCGAGCGCGAGAUUUCGCGAGGAUUAUUUGACCACGACCUCCAACGCGGUGCGUGGCACGGAAGCCUGGGAAGAUCAACUCGAAUAAGGGUAUCUACGAAAGGAUUCUAUCUUUCAUCUUCAGCUCUUUCGUCGUUUGGCGUGUAGAGUAACACAUCAUAAAAACGUCUGUAACACAACAUGUAUGUACAUUUUGGAUAUCGUCUUGUUUAUCGUCUGUCGUCUUAGGGUACCCGCUUGUGAUGUCUAUCGUCUUGCUCUGCUCUGAAUUAUAUGCGUUUUAUUAUUUGAAUAAUGCAAUGAAUAAAC